AUGAACACGAAGUUAGGUUGGGUGCUCUCUGGCCCAAUCGAAAGAAGCUCUGCGAGUCACGAGCCGGUGACAAACCUUGCAUGUACCCAUGUUUUGAAAUGUGCAGCGAAUCCCUUGAAAGACGGUGUUGGAUUAGAUAAUGAAAUAAAGAAAUUUUGGGAGUUAGAGGCAUUAGGUAUUCAACCAGAAGAGGCGUCAGUUUAUGAGGAUUUUACGAACACGAUAUCACGUAAAGAUGGAAGAUACGAAGUUCAAUUACCAUGGAAACACUCUCAUCCGGUCUUGCCAGAUAACUACAAGGCUUCCCUACAGCGUUUUCAUUCUCUGUACAAUCGAUUAAAGCAGACCCCAAGAAUUUUGGAAGAAUAUGACAACGUCAUUAAAGACCAACUUCAGAAAGGGAUUGCAGAAAGAGUAAAUGAAUCUGAGGCUUGUGAAAUUGGCAAGGUACACUACCUACCACAUCAUGCCGUCAUACGCAGAGACAAGGAAACAACACGUUUGAGGGUAGUUUACGAUGCGUCCUCUAAGUCCAACGGAAUCUCGCUGAACAGUUGUUUAUAUACUGGGCCAUCUUUGUCCCAGAAUAUAUUAGACAUACUGAUACGAUUUCGAAGUUUCAAGGUAGCGAUGAUUAGCGACAUCGAGAAGGCGUUCCUGAUGGUCUCUAUUGCGGAAGUGGACAGAAAUGUGUUGAGGUUUCUGUGGGUAGACGACAUUUCCAAGGAGAAACCAGAAAUCAUCGUCCUUCGCUUUACCAGAGUCGUUUUUGGAGUUUCGUCAAGCCCAUUUCUACUCAAUGCAACCAUUGCACACCACAUCGGACAGUAUGAAAUAGUUGAUCCCACAUUCGUAGAAAGGUUUUUAGAAAACAUCUACGUUGAUGACCUUAGCGCUGGAGGAGCGAGCGUGAGUGAUACGUAUGAAUUUUACGUGAAAUCUAAGUUGAGAUUGGCUGAAGGAGGGUUUAACCUGAGAAAGUUCAUGUCAAAUUCUAAAGAAUUAAUGAAUAAAAUCGAUGCAAAUGAAAUCCGAUUGCAGAUAACUACUGAUUCUACGAAUAACUCGAAUGAUACAGCUUCAGUUAUGAAUACGUCAAGUGAUCAGGCUUCAGCCAACGAACUCGUAAACGCAGAAGGUCCAAUGAAUGCUGGAUCGUACACAAAAACCAAAUUAGGAAGUGGCAAGCCAAUCUUUAACCAAGGAGAGCAGAAAGUCUUAGGUUUACGAUGGAACACCGCGACAGACUGUUUCCUUUUCGACCUAAAGAGCCUUGUAGAAAAUGCAAAGAAUUGCGAACCAACAAAACGAAACAUUGUUAGUGUGGUAUCAAGUAUAUACGACCCUGUUGGAUUCAUGUCGCCAAUAACAAUUCGACUUAAAAUCCUGCUACAAGAGUUGCAUGAAAGAAAAAUCAGUUGGGACGAACCACUAGACGUGACGUCGAAGUCAGCAUGGUUCAAAUUAGUUGGAGAACUCGAGAAGGUCGAACAGAUGGUCUUCCCUAGAUGUUUUGUCGUCGGCGUAGAGGAAGAAGUUAUAUCUUAUUCGCUACACGGGUUCUGCGACGCCUCCGUCAAAGCGUAUGCUGCAGUAAUUUAUCUAAAGAUGGAGACAUUACAUGGUGUAUACGUAAGGUCCGUAACGUCGAAAUCGAGAGUGUCUCCCCUGGAAAGACAGUCGAUUCCACGCUUAGAACUAUUGUCAGCGCUCGUACUCGCCCGGCUUAUCGAUAAUGUUGAACGAGCAUUGAAAUCAGUCAUAAAUCUUGGUCCAUCGACAUGCUGGACAGACUCGAAGGUCUCGCUGUAUUGGAUAACACAGCUCGAUAAGGAAUGGAAACAAUUCAUUCAAAAUAGAGUUAUCGAAAUUCGGAAACUCACCUCAAUUUCAUCGUGGAAGCAUUGUCCAGGUCAAGAAAACCCAGCAGACAUUCCUUCAAGGGGAAUGGCCCCUACAGAAAUUGCCAAUUGUGAGCUUUGGAAUCAUGGCCCUGGCAUGUUAUAUGGCGAAAUGGACGGGGAGGAACAUAAAGAGCAAAUAAUCACAGAAAUUCCGGAAGAAUGUACGAAAGAAAUGAGAAUCGCUGACCAAAAGAAAUUGGGAAACAACGUUCAAAACUCCCUUUUGGUGGUUGAGGGCGAGAAGACAGAGAAGAGUAUUGCUACGAUAAUAAACUGUAAUAACUUCAGUUCGUUUCGAAGACUGAUCAGAGUUACUGCUCGAGUCUUGAAAUUCACAAAGAUUCUGAAAAGGAAAUGCAAAUCGAAAGAAUUGACGACUGAAGAUGUUAAAGAGGCAUGCAGAAUUGUUAUGGAUUAA